AUGGCAAUAUCAGGCAAUUUACCACCUGGGAUUUCGGAGCCUCUGGCGGUAGAUACCAACAAAGACCAUGGGGGGUUUAUAGCAAUCGUUACCGCGCUGCUUCUCGGAUUCGCGCUUGUUUCCCUGGGAAUACGUGCAUAUGUCCAGCAUUCCAGGCAUGUGGUCAAAAAAGAUGAUUAUGUUCUCCUAACGGCAGCUAUUGUAUUUUGUAUCCAAUCAUCCGUCGUAUUCAUUCAAAUAGGCAAUGGAUGGGGAAAAUCAAGAGAGCUUCUCACACAACGAGAGCAUGUAGCGCUGCUCAAGGCAACCUACGCUGCAGAUAUUCUAUACAUUGUCACUCACUGCAUUUCGAAAAGCUCUGCUGCGCUCUUUUACCUACGGAUAUCACCUAGUAGUUCGCAUGUCUUCGUAGCAUGGGGAUUGGUUGGAGUGUCCGUAAUCUGGGCAGUGGUAUCCAUGAUUUUACUAUCAUCAGUUUGUGGUUUUCCUCGACCAUGGUUGGAUGCUAGCUCACAUUGCGCCGCUAUGUUUCCUCGGUGGCAGAUUAUAACAGCUUUUGAUAUAAUCACCGAGGCUAGCUUAGCAGCUGUAUCUUUGUUUCUUGUAGCUGGCAUUCAAAUGCCCGUUAUAGGGAAAAUCGUUGUUGUUUCGGCGUUUAGCUCUCGUCUUCUCUCCGUUACAGCCUAUCUCCAGUUAGAAUUGAGCUACGGCAUCAUGGCAAACACAAUCCCCUGCCUCAAACCCUUUAUGGCCGCAUAUGAGGAAACCGGCCGACCCUCUUACAGAAGCCGCAUCCACAGCCGCAAUGGAAGUCACAGCAAUAGUGGAAACAGCAAGGGCAGCCGCAGCCGCAGAUUCAGCCGUGACACAUUCUCCCUCUCGACGAUCGCAUCAACCAAGUCUAAAAGACCUUGGAUAAGAAAUUCAAUCAGCACAACAAUGGCCAGCGACAAUGUGUUACAACCACCUCCUCCCCUAUUGCGACAAAAAUUCCCUCCCAGGGACAAGCAACCACAAUCAUUGGGCCGCGAUGAGGUGAGGCGCGCUACGACAGCAAGGAUUGGCAGCCCGGGACGAGAAGGUUCAAACUUGGAGAAUUACAGCGGUAGACGGAUAAUUAUAAAAAAAGAUGUUAUUUGGAAUGUUGAGAGUUCGAAAUUUGCAGACCAGGAGGGACCUGCUGGCGCUACGAUCAGAACCAAUGUACUUUGA